AUGACGACCUUCCAAGUCCCCCCUCCAUCAUCACUGACGCGGUUCUGGAUCAAUGGGGAAUGGGCCAAGCCAAGCACCAAUGAAGUGUUCACCAUCCGGAACCCCAAGGACGACACGAUCAUAUCCGAGAACGUCCCAGUUGGCGGCCCGGAUGACGUAGAUCUUGCGGUACGACACGCAGAGGCGGCCUUCAACGGCAAAUGGAGGACCUUUACAUCGGCGCAAAGAAUGCAGUGCUUGAAUAAGCUGGCAGACAUCAUGGAGCAACAUCUCGAAGGCCUUCUCCGGCUAGAUAGUCUUUCUAGUGGGAACCCAGUGUCUCUCAUACCAACAAGAGAAAAAGGAUACAUAGUCAACGGAUUGCGAUAUAUGGCUGGGUGGUGUGACAAGUUCAAGGGUGAAUACAUGCCGGAAGAUGAUGGAUUCGUCAAGUUCGUGAGAAACGAACCUCUCGGCGUCUGCGCCGCCAUUUGUCCUUUCAAUGCUCCAAUCACUACCCUCUUCCACAAGGUAGCUCCUGCUCUCGUCACUGGCAAUGUCGUUAUUAUAAAGCCAUCUGAGAAGACCCCUCUGGGCACGCUCGCUCUUGGUCCUCUCUUUCAGAUAGCUGACAUCCCCAAGGGAGUUGUCCAGAUUAUCACCGGGCCGGGUAAGACUGGUGAUCUUCUUGCUCGACAUUUGCGAAUUCGAAAGAUCAGCUUUACCGGUAGCGUCGCUACCGGGAGGAAGAUUCAAGUGGCCGCAGCGCAGAGUAACCUUAAGAGAGUGACGCUAGAGCUAGGUGGAAAAAGUCCGGCGGUAAUCUUUGAUGACGCUAACUUAGAAAACGCCGUGGACUGGACUGUCAAAGCCAUCGUCGCUCGAACCGGACAGGUCUGCAUGGCGGCCUCUCGUGUCUAUAUCCAGCGAUCCAUAGCCAAAGACUUCCUCGCUAGAUAUACGGAACGGAUGCGGGAGGCCGUCGAGCACGUAGGUGAUCCCGAAGACCCUAAUGUUGCUUAUGGCCCUCUGGUGGAUAAGGCGUCGUUUGAGAGGGUCAAAGGCAUAAUCGAGCGGGCCAAAGGCGAGGCUGAGCUCGUGGUCGGCGGGAACACCAUCGGCGAUAGCGGAUGCUAUAUCGAGCCAACCGUGUUUAUGAACCCGAGAUCGAACGCCGAAAUUUUAACGGUCGAGGUGUUUGGUCCGGUAUCUGUGGUAAACGUAUUUGAAACCGAAGAGGAGGUUAUUGAGAAAGCCAAUAGUUCAGAGUUUGGGUUGAUGGCAGGCGUAUUUACCAGGGAUAUUACGCGUGCACUGCGCAUGUCCUCCAGGUUCGAAUCAGGCGUGGUUGGGAUCAACUGCGUUAGCUACAUCAACGUCCAGGUGCCCUUUGGAGGCGUGAAGGCAUCCGGCAUCGGACGGGAGUUUGGAUCAGAGGCUCUACGAGCAUACACGGAACCCAAGACUGUUCUGAUUAAGUAA